UUUUGGGGGGGGGAACGAAACUUAGGGAAAGCAGCAGAAUUGGAGAAGUGAAGCUCUAACCCCCCUUGUUUUUAGAAGGACAUAAAGAGGUGAUGCUUGUACCACACACUUUAAACAAGACAGCUGAGGAGAACAGAGAAGAAGAAGAAGAGUCCUGCAGUGGUGAGUAGAAAUGCUGACGCUUCGAAACAUAUGCACUCUUUGGAUUCUGCUACUUCCUCAUGUCCCUGGAAGUGCGACCCGUUUCAACCUGUUCCGGAGGAUGGCCGAGCAGCAGGAAGGUGACCUGAGACUGUUUGGCUCUCAGAGCGUUUCGGAGGGACGCGUGGAGGUCUUCCAUGAAGGCAAAUGGGGAACAGUGUGUGACGACGGCUGGGACAUGGCUGAGGCCCAGGUGGUGUGUCGUCAGCUCCACUUCUCCGGGGCAAAGUCUGUUGUCAUCGGCAAAGACUACGGAGAAGCGUCUGGACCCAUCUGGCUGGAUGAUAUUAACUGUAAAGGAACAGAGACUCAUCUGUUUACUUGUGGAUUCAAAGGCUGGGGAGUAACUGACUGCACCCACAAAGAGGAUGUUGGAAUAAUUUGUGAAACAGAAAGCACUGAUUCCACCACCGGUGAUUCUAGACACUUGCUGGACCACAGUUUCAAUCUGUCUGGUGACUUCGGAAAAAUAUUUGACAGCAAAACCGGCAGUGACUUCCUGAUCUUGGUCAACAGCCCCACUGGAAACAGACGGGAGGACGGUACUCUGGAAACGGUGGAAACAACAAUCAGCGCACACAAAAUAAUCCUCUCGCAAUUCCCUCUCUUCAACGCAUCAGAGGACAUUUCUAACAUCACUGUCGACAUCAGCCAACCUUGCAAUCCCUAUUUCUCCUCCUUCAUUAGGUACAUUUACACCCGCAAGAUAGAUGUGACCUUGCCCUCUGUGCAGUGCUUCCACUGGAUGGCCUCUAGAUUUGGGGUGAAGCAGCUGAUGGAGGGCAUGGCCCGGCUGUUCUCGAAAGUCCUUCCAGAGGACCCUCUGUUUCACACUCAGGUGUCCAUAUACAAAUAUGCACAGGAGACCGAGGACCUGGUUCUUCAGGAUAACUGCAUCCAGUACCUGGCCUGGAACUAUGAAAACCUGACGACAUCUCCAGCCUGGGCCGACCUUUCCGUGGAGCUCAUUGGAUCAAUCCUAGCCCGCUCAGACCUGGUGGUUCCAGAUGAGUAUUUUCUGCUCCAGACAGUAGAGAGCUGGAUCAAAGAGAAUAACAAGUCCAUCAGUUUGGAAACCCAGGCUGACCUCUUGAAUUGCGUUCGUUUCCCCAUGAUCCCUGUGGAGAAACUGUAUGAGCUUGAGUCCAACUCUUCUCUUUACGGCACUCAUAAGAGACUGUAUCGUGAUAACAUGUUGAAAGCAUUUCAGUUUAACAUUCUCCUCUUCAGCAAACUUCUGUCCAACCCACAGUUCAACGGAGACGAUGAUGACUUCAAGCCUAGGCUCUACACAGCCAGGCCAUGGAGCAUUUCUCUUGACUCUGCCCCUGGUCAAUCCAAAAGCCGGUGGUUGAACACACCUCUGCACAACAGCCUGAUCUUUAAGGACAACGAGAUUCAAUGGCAGGCAAUUCUCUUCACCCAUCAAUAUGAAUGUUCAAACCAAGGGCUCAACUGCAAGUCGCUCCCCAUGACAAGGCUGUAUCCACACAGCAACUACGACCACAACAAAAUCCUCUUUCGUAACCAGCUGCUGCUGCUGUGCGAAGGCAAGUACAUCUGUCAGGUGCAGGAGUUCAAGGUCAACCUGGCCUAUGUCGGUGGAAACAGUACGCUUGCCUACCCGUGUCCCGAUGACAAGCUCACCUACCUCUUUGUAGUGAGACCAGAAUAUGUCGUAACCUGAUCACUUCUCCCACCUGAUCAGUUGGUCAGGUUGUUAUUCUACAGAUUGCAAUCAGCUGCUUACUAGAUUAUCCAUGUAUCUGAGUGUGUUUUCACAAAUCUACAAAUGUAUUAAUUCAUCAGUCAUAUCCUUACCUGCUUCUUUUUUGAAAUUUUGAAAUAAAUAAUACAUUUAAUGUUU